AUGGUUUCAUCUUAUUCGUCAAUGAAUUCCAACGGUCUUUUAUUUGUACCAUCACAAACAACUCCUUCAGGGACAGAAGCAACUUCUUCCCAUUUUGGGAUGUCCAAACAACAAAAAUUAGGAAAUCAACAAAUUUCUCGUUCUCUUUUUGCUUUAGAAUUUCUUCCCCAGGGAGAGGAUGAAUUUUCUUAUUGUGAAGAUGGUGAUGAGGAUAUAUCUGAUAUUUCUUGUUGUUUUUUUAAUGAAAAAGAAGAUCAUCAAAAUCAUUUUAUUUCAUUAGCACAUCCUUCCAUAAGGCUACACAAACAUUGUAGAAACCAACAUCAUUCAGGAUAUUCCUCAAAAUAUGGAAGAGGAGCACCGCCUCAUUGGUUUGGUCGUCCACCCUUAGUGCCUUUUAAUUCGCCAAAUCGACAAACACCAAAUUUUGAUAAAGAACAGAAUCAAUCACAAAAAUUUGACGAAGUAGAAGACUUGAAUUCAAAAAUAACAACAACAACAACAACAUUACGUAGAUCACCUGCUGCUUAUUUUGUACAGCGAAGUGAUAAAUUGUGCCUUUCUCCCCCACUUAUCUUAACACCUCCAAAAUUAAUUGAAACAACAGAAAAUGUUCCUUAUCCACUCAGAAGGGUUUUUUCUGCUAAUUCAACACAAUCAGAAGCUGGAAAGUUUUUUAGAAAUGAAGAUAGAAAAUGUAGCAAUAUUUUAUGGAGCUUCGAUUCUCCUCCAAGUGCUUCGACUUGUUCAACUCCUGGAACCCCAUCCUCACCACAAAAAUUGCAUCAAAAUAAUUCUUUUAUUUUGGCAGCAUUAAAUAUUAAACAACAUCAAUUAAAAGAAGAAAAUGAAGUUACUAGUAAUAUUCAAUUUUCUCCACAAAUACACAAACCUACUAACAAAUAUCAAGAGAAAGAAGUAAAAGUUAAUAAAAUUAUUGGUAUAAAUCAACAACAAUCAUUCGGAAUGCAUAACGGUUUUCCUGUUUUGCCAUGCUCCCCUAUGGCAUCUCCUACAGGAGGAUUAACUAUGGGUACACCAAUAUUCAGAAAUCAGUUAAUAAAAAAAGAAAAUCAUCAAGAAUGUUCUUCUAAACAAAAUAAUCAAUUUAUUCAACAAAAUAUCAAAAAAAUAUUUGAAAGAAAAAUAAAAAUUAGAAGACAUUUUUCUUUUUCUUCAAUAAAUUGUCCAUCUUCGAAAUUAAAUCAACAAAAGAAUCAAAAUCAUCAUAAACUUUCUUGGCCCUUAUUAAAAACGGAUAAUUCUGCUUUAGAUUUAGAACGUAAAAGUUUUGCUCAAAAACAACAACAACAUUAG